AUGGAUCUAUUACCACAACUUAGACCCAAAAAGUCUGCACCGGUUAAUAGUUAUAUUGAUGCUGUCACUGAGCGCAUUAUCAACAAUAUCGGUCGCGCCCCCAUCUUCGCCUGGCGUGACAAGGUCGUAGUCAGAUAUCGCGAACUCUUUGCUGCCAAAUCUGAAGAGGCGGUGAAGAAGGGAGUCGUGAUCGUGGGCGAGUUUUGCGGCAAGGGCUCCCAGAGAGGCGUUGCGAUCGCGGAGUUGUCGAAGUUUUCUGGCUGUUGUUGGUGUGAAGGAGGAAGGGAGGGGGGGGAGUGGAUGCGAGAUGAGCUGUUCAGAGACAUAGAGGACCGGGGGGAGGAUCUUUCGUGUGGGGAGGGGUAUGUGGAUGGUGAUAGUCUCUUGGGACGGGCGAUGCUGACGCGAUUUGUCUUAGGCGGCUUCUUCACCCGUGAGAUUAACUUGAAAAAUGAGAAGGAUACGAGAAAGGGGAUUGAGAGAUCUAUCAUGGAAGUGUUCGUAGGCUGCCCGUUUGCAGCCACUAUUGCUGGCCUCUACAUCAAGCAAACCCCCACGAUUGACAAGAAGACAAGUGGGAAGGCGAAGAAAGUCAAGUGUACUACUGCGGAAGGCAUCUUCUGGAAAUCUGUUCCCCCCUCCCUCCAUCCGCAGUUUCAUAACGAUCCAAAAUUCUGGUUCAAGAGUGAAGCCGAAUAG